UUCAUACUAGCUAUAUACUACUACGGGGAUGAGUAUACAUUCUAUAGUAGUAUAACACAUCGACCACUGAAUUACAGCUAACUUUAUCCAAGUAGUUAGUUUAUUAUUUAUGACGGAGUGAGUAAAGGCGUGUAAGAUGUGGUAAUUUGUGCCUCGCUACUUUAAGACUGCUUACACAUGAGAUAUCGGAUUAGAGAUUCACAUUUGCAAACAGGCGUCCGAAAUCACCGAUGUUCAGAUAACGAGAAGUUCAGUAUAAGAUAGCUAACUAUACGGCAACAAAAGCAGAACGUUUCCAAAAGAAAUCAUGGACAUGUCCAUGGAUUUGUUUAUCUUGCCUGCAGUCAUUUUUACGAUCUUCGCCAUUAUUGUAGGAGCUUUUGUGUUGUGGAAAAUUCAAGUUUCUGCGCCCUCCACAACCAUCUACAGGAAUAGUGCCGUAAAAAAAGACGGAAAACCUUCCGAGUGCAUGAUAUCAAGCCAAGCUGAAGCGUUUACGCAUUGCAAAGAGCAAGAAAACAAAACCACCAAUUGUUUAGAGGAACUGUAUUCAGGACCUGGUAAGCCCAAUAUUGAGUGGGAGGCUACAACACAAACAACCAAAGACAUUUUACAGAGUAAAGCACAUCAAACAAUUGCUGAGAGUCAGUGUGAGAAGGGGAAUGGUGAGUCUGCAGACUGUCCCACAGUCAAAAGAGUGGGUGGUGAGGAUAAGCCUCUAAAAUGCAUGCCGGGUAUGUUGCGGACAAGCCAGCUUGAGAAGAUGAUGAGCAAAGAAGAGCUGGAGGAAGAACAAAGAGUACAACGGGAGCAGCUAGCUGCCAUCUUUAAGUUGCUAAAGGAAAACCAGGAUACAUUUGGAGAGAUGACCGAGAAAGACAUGGAACAACAGCUUAAGCUUUACUCUAUCUAAACACUGUGUCCCCAGAUCUUGGACUGCAGUAGCUCCAAGAAAUGGAGUACAGUGCAGAUUAGUGUUGCUACUGUUGAAGAAUGGGAAAUCAGUUUUGAAGGCCCUGGGCAUUUUAAAUUUUUCCUCUUGUCAUGAAGUUCGAUUUUUAGGAUAACCCAGAAUUCAGAACUGGUAAAUUAUAAAGUAUAGUAGAUCUAUUAUUUUUGUGUUUCUGUAUUUAAGACUCUAUUUUCAAGCUUCAAAUAUAUAGUUAAUAGCAUUGUUGAAUAUUUGAUUGGUUAUAGAGGGGUUAUUGUGUUUUAAAUGUGAUUACCGAAUAAUCAUUGAUUCACAGCCACACAUUAAGGGCUUAUUACAUAACACUAGGUUGUUCAUUGUCUUGCCAAUAUUUUUGUGUAUUGUCAGUUAUUAAAACA